AACAAAUCGUGUCCAUCACCAACAUUUUUCAGUUGGCCGCAUCCUCCGCCGCUUCCUCCGUCGAGUCCAAGAUGCCCGCGAUACGCUACCGCAAGAGCGCGCCGUCCAUCUCAUCCGCCACCAUGGAGGACGAGGCGAGCCCGCCACCGGCGCCGGGGCGGUUCCGGUCGCGGCUGCGCCUGCCGUUCUCGAACCGCAACAGCGACGCCAAGGCGAAAGAGCGGUCGCCGUCGCCGCCCUCGGACGACAAGGAGGAUGCCAAGGCCGACGAGAAGCGCGACGAGAAGGCCAAGUGCACGCCGCCGAAGAACUCGCCGGCGAUGGAGUGCCACGUGUGCAAGAUCUCGCUGGGCAUUCGCCGCCUGAAGCACCACUGCCGCAAUUGCGGCAACUCUGUCUGCAAUGCGCAUAGCCGCAACCAGCUCCCGUUACCCAAGUUUGGCAUCCUUCGCACCGUGCGCGUCUGCGACAAGUGCACGAAGGAAGUGCUCCAGCAGCGCGCGGGGCUGCGCAAAGGCGCCUCGAUCCCGUUUCCCGAAGAGACAACCGACAAAUCCAUAGGCGGCGUCCUCUACUCGUCGCUCGUCGAAGAGCAAGACGACACGAUGGAUACGAUGCUCUACAUUGGGUCGCUCAAGAUGACGGGCCGAUCGCUCGCGACGCGCAACCUCAACUCGAACAUGAUGAUCUGGAAGGACCGCAUGCUCAUCGUGACGCCGGCCGAGAUGAUGUGCUUCAAGCACAGCGACUCUGGUCUUGGCGAGGUGCGGACGACCGUGCACAUGACGGACAUUCUGCACAUCUACAUCAACGAGAGCCACCCGCGCAUCCUCACGGUGGUCCGCGCCGACGGACGCAUUUUUCGCAUCCGCGCCAAAGACAAAGACCAGUGCCAAGCGAUCCACGACGUCCUCCAAAAGACACACAAGAUGUUUCAGGACGCCCUCUACAAGCUCCAGCGCGGCGUCCUCCCUGAGGACUUUAGCAUUUCGUCGAUCACACUCCAGCACACAUCGAGCCUCCCGGAAGUGACGAUCGCGGCGUUUCCAAACCUCCUCGAGCCACUCCACCACGUCGGCCUCUACCCAUCCUCGAUUGUGCGCCUCUACGUGGCCGGGCCCAUGACGUCGGGCGUCGCAGUCUUCACAUACGAGAUGCUUGUCAAGAGCGACAUGGUCCUCCAGCAGUGCGAGAACCCCACGGCGCGCAGCUGCGACGACGACGAAGCGCUCGAGGUCCAUCUCGCAACAGACGCGUCGACAGCGGGCGCCACAAAUGGCAUGGUGUUGUGGCCCGUCGCGUGCCUCGGACUCAGCGGCCUCCUCUUGAGCGUCGCGAUCCUCGGCUCGGACCGGCUCGUGACAGCAUUAGGUGGCAGUCUCUUGCUCGCGGCCGCCCUCGCCCUCGUGCUGCGCUCCAACUAUGACGCGCUCACGUCACUGCACUUGCUGCUCGCGACGCGCGGCCGCAGCGUGCUCGUGGGGCCCUCGUGGCGGUCGCUGACCGUCACCAAAGUCCUCCUCACGUCCAAGGACGCGUCAUGCGACGACGAGCAUGACGCGUCGGCCAUGGACGUGCCGGACGAUGACAUUUACGGACGGUUCCUCGAAGGCAUGUCGGGCAACGUGACGGAAGCGCGUCGGCGGUACUUUGCGAUGGUCAAUUGGCGCAAGGACGAGGACAUUGACACGAUCUUGGCGCGGCCGCAUCCGCAGUUUGACGCAAUCAAAGAGUCGCUCGUGCUCUAUCUGCACAAGCGCGACAAGAUGGGGCGCAUGAUCCAGAUCGAGAAGACGGGCACGAUGAAGAAGACGAUGCAGAUGCUGACGACACGCGGCGUCUCGGAGGCCGAGGUGCUGCACCACACGGCGUUUAUGCAAGAGUACUAUUGGAAGAUCCUCGACAACCGGGCGUACCCGAAUGGCAUGCAGCUGCGCAUCAUCGACCUCAAGGGCAUCUCGAUGGACAUUAUGAGCUCGGACGUGUUUUCGUUUGUGAAGAAGGUCGGCCUCAUUGCUGGCAACUACAACCCCGAGCGCAUGUUCAAGGUCUUUAUCAUCAACCCGCCACGGUGGUUUGGCAUGAUCUGGAAGGUCGCCGCGCCCAUGGUCAAUCCCAAGACGCGCGACAAGACCAUUGUCGUGUCGGGCGAGGCCGAGAUCAAGAAGGCGCUGCUCGAGUACGUGGACGCCGACUGCCUGCCCGUCGAGUAUGGCGGCAGCUGCGCCUGCGACGGCGGCUGCAUGACGCACUCGCCCGAGGAAGUCGAGUUGCGCGACUUUGUCAACAAGCUCAACGCCGGCGAGCGCUGCGACGAGCUUCUGGCGGCCAUCCGCGACCGGCCGCACCCGCGCGCCGUCACGCGCAUCAGCGUGGUGGACGAGAGCUAGAAACACCCAACUGGCACCCGACCGCACAAACACACCAUUAUAUUCUUAUUGGCGAGAAAAAUACGAUACAAAGACGCCUUGCAAUUUAAU